AUGCCAAUCGCGCCAAGGGUGAGGGGUAUCAAGCCCUUGAGGCCGGUGUUGCAGACCGUUCCUGUCGAUCGUCGAAUUGGGGAGGAGAAUUCCACUGACCCCUACACUCUCUACCCCGUGACCACCAAUAUCACCAUCCCGGAGAUCGCCGCGCGCACCAACCGCAGCCUCUGCGACAUUGCGCGCCACAACCUGAUGGCCGACCCCCUGAUCCCACCCAACAUCGGGCAGACCAUCGUGAUCCCGCCGCUCAGCUGCGCCUCCUCCCCGCCGGACAACGAGUCCUGCCUGAUCCCCAACACCACGCGCACCGCGCUGUGCAUCAACGGCGGGCCGCGCCUCUACUAUACCGUCCACGGCGACACCUACGACAUCAUCGCGCGGCGGCUGAACAUCUCCACCGCCGCACUGAUGGGCAACACCUCCACCUCCACCGCCGAGACGUCGUCCGCCGACGCCCUGCUGGAGGUCGGGCAGUUCAUCAAGGUGCCCCUGUGCGAGCCCAGCCAGUGCUCCAUCAAGCCGUUCACGCUCGAAUACGGCGUGUACAAGGACCUGGCGGACGAGUAUGGCACCACCGUGGGCCAGAUCAUGAUGCUGAGUCCGACGUACAACUACAGUACCUCGUUGAUGACCGGGAACACGCGGCCGACGCUGGAUCUGCCGUUCAAUUGUUCGGUUACCGGGGAUGAUGUGGUGGUUGUUGACUAGAGGUUGUUGGGGGAGUAGGUAGUUGUGUGAGUACUCUGGAAGGGAUCGGUGCCCUGGACUACUUAUAUUCAAGUACAUAUUAGUGUUGUGAGAUGUAAUUAAACCUUGGUGGUUUUGAUUGUGUAUGCCGGCUUCCUCUUUGAGGAUGCCAAUGUGUACUCUAGUAGGGAGAUUCAUCCCUGCUGAUAAUUAUCUUGGGACUCAGAAGGUCAUGUGGCAUCAAUGAUAAUCAUUGGCUACAAGUUAACGAAGAUAGGAUACUAGAUAGUUCAUUCGAGUGGGUUGCAAAACCACCAUGGGCAGUUGGAGACAGCGGGAGGAGCUCCCGGGGAGGAGCUCUUGCUAUCUUUCGGUGGAUUCUUGGCAUUGAACACAGCAUCAAGACACAACCAUCAUAG